AAGUCCAGAUCCAGCGUCUCUAUGAUCCAGUGUCCGGGCUUUGGUCGCAGUGUCCCUAGCAGCCAUUUAGCCCCACGGUGCUGUUUGUCUGUCUGUUGCUGUCUGUGCGUCUUUAGCAGGAAUAACGCGGAUCUGGCAACUCUGGGAAUAUCACAUCUAGUUAUGGAUUACCUCGGAUUGGUGUUAUUUUCUUCCAGGCCCAGGAUGUGACUCCAAAAUGUCGGUGCUUCACGCUGUUUUCCAGUUUUCUCCGGGAUGUGACCGUGUGAUGGCUGCGGUCCAGUGAACUGGGAGCACGUUGACUGGUUUGCUCGUUCAAUCCUCCAGUUUGGGAGCUUGUUUAAACUAUCUUUACUGGGAUUACCUGAACCUAUGGAGUGCACAUGAACAUUGGUCAGACAGGGAUUCCAAACGGGGAGGCAAUGUGGGGAGCCGGCACGAGGCACGGGGUCCAGCCCUGAGGAGGCGUCCUGCGGCUGGGAGGAGCGUGGCCCUCCUGUGGCCCUCCUGCGGCGCUCUGGGACACUCCUACUAAGAUGUCCCUCAGCAGCGGCCCUGCAGGCGGGAAAGGUGUGGACUCCAACGCAGUGGACACGUAUGACAGUGGCGAUGAGUGGGAUAUCGGUGUUGGUAAUUUGAUCAUUGACCUGGAUGCCGACUUGGAGAAGGACAAACUAGAGAUGUCGAGCAGUAAGGAGGGAGGGAGCAUGGGUGCCCCUCCCAGUGCUGUGGCAGCUUUACCGGACAAUAUAAAGUUUGUUAGUCCUGUAGCCGCGCAGGGCAAAGAGAGCAAAUCAAAAUCCAAACGUAGUAAAAACUCUAAGGAGAGCAUUAAGGCCCCAGCCUCAGAUGGAGCUAAAAAAGAGGCUCAGGGUCGGACCCCAGGGGACCUGCAGCCCCAAAACCCCAACUCUACCCCAGCUAAGGGAACUGACAAGUCCAGUAAACCCCCCCGUACCCUCCCUGCUGUGAAAAAGGACAAAGAUGGGGUGUCUGGGAAGAUUAAGAAGGAGAAAAUGGAUGUUGUGGCCACUGGAGUAGUUAACACAGAGAAAGAGUCUGGGGCUCCCAUCCCCCCAUUAGGGGCCCCUCGCAGUGGCCCAUUUGAGGGCCAACAGAACCCUGACUUGGCUGCUGUCGAGCAGCUUGGGAAUCUGGCCCUGGACUCGGCAGUGAUGGGGCAGCCCGUCGCCAUGGUAGAGCAGGAGGAAAUGGACGGCAGUGAAGGCAGAAGUCUGAAGAAAGUCGUCGGUGGUGAGAAGAUGGAGUCUCCGGUCUCCACCCCUGCUCCUCCUCCUCUCCACCCCCUCACUCCUGUCACCAACAGCGACAUCUCAUCUCCUUGUGAACAGAUCAUGGUUCGCACGCGCUCAGUAGCGGUGAACACGGCAGAUGCUGCACUGGCCACCGAGCCGGAGUGCCUAGGACCCUGUGAGCCAGGCACCAGCGUCAACCUGGAGGGCAUCGUGUGGCAGGAGACGGAGGACGGCAUGCUGGUUGUUAACGUCACCUGGAGGAACAAGACGUAUGUUGGAACCUUGCUGGACUGCACAAGACAUGACUGGGCCCCACCAAGGUUCUGUGACUCUCCCACCAGUGAUGUGGAGAUGCGAAGUGGUCGUGGUCGAGGGAAGAGGAUGCGUCCCAGCAGCAACACGCCACUCAAUGACAAUAGUAACUCCUCGGACAACAAGGGCAGUGGCAGCAGCAAGACACGUGGUGCAGCUGCAAACAGCAAAGGCCGACGAGGCAGUCAGACAGCCAUCGGUGCCGAGGAUGCCAAGGCCAGCCCGUCUUCUGCCAAGAGGAAAACCAAACCUGCCUCUGACAUGGAGCCCACCUCCAGCUCCGAGGACACCAAGGCUUCAAAACGCAUGAGAACCAACUCCACUGGUGCUGCCACCCCCUUACCUGGAGGUAAAACUGACCCUCUCCCCCCUCCACAGCUGGACCGCACUUGCCCCUCUCCUGUACUCAUUGACUGCCCCCACCCCAACUGCAACAAGAAGUACAAGCACAUCAACGGGCUGAAGUACCACCAGGCUCGAGCACACAAUGACCAGGAUAUCCGAAUUGACCAUGAUGGAGACAGUGAAUACGGAGAUGACCCCGCCUCCUGCAAUGGUGCUGCCAUCUCCCCCACCCGCUCCACCACACCUAAAGGGCGAGCAUUUGAUGUCCCCUCCCCCUCAUCAGGGAAGCUAAUGUCAAAGGGGAAGAAGAAGUGUGGGGAGGCUGAGCCAGAGGUGAUGGAUGGCGGCGAGGAGGGGCCGUGCUUGACUGACGAGGCCAGCAACGACGGGAUGGACGACAGAAAGGCCAAGAAGAUGGUGGCCGGAGGCAAGCCUGACAAACUGAGCCAGAAAGGUUUGAAGCCAGCCCGGCCCGUGGGCCCUGCUGCUGCUGCUGCCGGAGCCCCCUCACCCUACGCCCUGCAGACAUCCUCUCCCGCCCUGGGCUCAGUGGUACAGCCUGUCCCCAAGAGCCCCCAGCUGAAGAACAUCCAACCUAAACCACUGGCUGACCCUGCACUCACCAAGGACAAGAAGAAGAAGGACAAGAAGAAGAGAGAGGGGGGGAAGGAGGGAGACAGUCCGAAAGCGAUGGGUAAGGGGGGCAGACCAGAGGAGGGGAGGAGCCCGUACUUGGAGGGGGACGCCUUGCUCAAUGGCACCACAGAAGCUCACCAGAGCCGGCUGGCCAGCAUCAAGGCCGAGGCCGACAAGGUGUACAGCUUCUCAGACAACGCCCCCAGCCCAUCCAUUGGCGUGGCCAGCAGGAUGGAGGCCGGCCUCGCACCCCCCCUCCACCUCAACCAGAAUGGAGGUGACAAUGCCUCCGUCAAAACCAGCAGCCCAGCCUACUCUGACAUCUCUGAUGCAGGGGAGGAUGGAGAGGGGAGGGCGGAGGGGGUGAAGGUCAAACCUGAGCCUGACCAGGGUGCUCGUGAAGGGGCCAAGAAGGCGCUGUUCCCCCCUCAGGCUCCCAAUAAGGACUCGCCUUACUACCCUAGCUAUGACUCCUACUACUCCCCAAAUUACCCCAACCCCAGCCCGGGAGCAGCGUCUGCAGCGCCCCCUCAUGUGGAGGGAGCUCAGGUAAAGGUUAAGAAGGAGGAGGAGCCAGAGGUGGGGGAGGAGGGCAAACUGAAGGUGGAGCCUCAAGAGGAGAGGAAGGUGGACCCGGGGCCUCAGCAGCCGUCAGUCAUCCAGCAGCGCACCAACAUGUACGCCCAGCCCCUGUACUACAACCAGUACUACAUUCCCCCCUACUCCUACUCACCUGACCAGGCUUACCACCUGUUGGCCUCUAGCCCCGCCUACCGCCAGCAGUACGAGGACAGGCAGCGGCAGGCUGACAAGAAGGCCGAGAGUAAAGAGCGGGAGGCUGCAGGGAAAGACGAGUGGAAGCAGAAAGCCUCAGUGCCCCCCACCCUGUCCAGAGCCCCCAGCCUCACUGACCUGGGUGCCAAGGGGGGGCCGAAUCCGUCCAAACCCAAAGAGCCCCCACCGACUUUGGAACAGGCCAAGUCAGUCAUCAUGGCAAAAGGAGAGGACCCCAAGGCGCCCUCUGCUCAGCCUGAGGGUCUCAAGAUGAAGCUGGGUGAAGCAGGGCAUCAUGGGAAGGAGGAGGCCAAGCUAGUUGAGUCGGCCAGGCCGACAGGUGUGGAGCCGGCCAUGUGGUACAGACAGGAGCCGGACUCGCGCCUGUGGCCCUACGUCUACCCCAGCAAGUACUCCGAGGCUCCCAAAGCGCAGGAGGAGGAGCGCUGGAGGGAGGACAGGGAGCGAGAGCGUGACAGGAAGGGAAAGGAGGAGAGGUCGCGGCCCAAGGAAGGCAUCCAGAAAGAGGAGGCCAAGGAGGGGACAGAGAGCAGGGCUCAGCUGCCUCCAGAGGAGCACCGAGGGGGAGGGAAGGAGGCGCGACCCCCCCACAUGCAGUUCCCCUCCCCCCUGGCCCAGCACCAGGGCUACAUACCCUACAUGGCUGGACCGUACGCCUACAGCCAGGGCUACGAGCCGAGCCACCCCGGCUACAGAGGCAUGCCCUCGGUCAUGAUGCAGAACUACCCCGGCUCGUACCUGCCGCCUGGUUACGCCUUCUCCUCGUAUGGAGGGAAAGUGGUGGCGGGGGAGGAGAUGGAGAAGCCCUCCAGGUCCAGUCCCACAGUGAAGCCGUCCGGUGAGGCCAAAGCUCUGGACCUACUGCAGCAGCACGCCAGCCAGUACAACAGCAAAUCCCCGUCCAUCCAGGACAACAAGAUGCCGCAUGAACGGGAGAGAGAGGGAGACCGGCCGCGAUCCUCACCCUCCCAGCGCAUCCUACCUUCCCAUCAUCACCUGGGAUACCCCCUGCUGUCGGGACAGUACGACUUGUCCUACCCCUCAGGCCUCUCAUCUUCAGCCAUCGUCGCCAGUCAGCAAGCGUCCGCCCCAUCCAUGUACCCCCCUGCUCGGAGGUGAGAACGGCACACCUGAUUGGCUGACCUCCACCCUUCCCGGCGUCAUGUGACUGGCUCACAUGAGGAAACAUUUCUGUUUCAGCAUCAGUUCAGUGGUGUUUGUAUACGUUCGAUUUGUCUGUCUGGACGUCCAGCCGACCGCUCGCCCUCACUGGACUGGACCAGUGGUAGAAAGCCUGAUUCCACUGGUCCUGCUGGUCCCAGACAGUACCAUUGGUGCUCGGCAGUGGGGGGCUCUCAGGCUGAGGACAAAGUGGACCCGGUGGGUGUAGACACACUGAGAUGCUGCGGUCAUCGUUGGGACAGACGGAGGGGCAGCUUUUUCGGAAGCAGACAGUUGUGGGCGGUGUUGGGGGUGUUCAGAGUCAAGCUGACAGACGGUCACUUCCUGUCUGACGUUCUCUGCCCUGCAUCACCUCCGACACGUCUGAGAGUCAGUUCAGCAUCACACCUUCACCUGGAAGCACCUCAGCUUCACCAGAAACAAAAACACUGUGGGUGGAGGAGGAUGGACCAAUCAGAGGGCAGCACUGGGACUGAAGCUGCAUGCUCGGAGUGACAGGAAGUGGGCAGCUCCUCCUCCUCAGUGUGCAGCUGUACUGUGUGUGUGUGUGUGUGUGUGUGUGUGUGUAAAUACUGUACAGAGGAAUUAUUUUAAAGAACAUGUUGGAUGCUGUUGGAUUUCCUACUCUUCUUUUCGUCUGGUAGCCUCUGCCUCUGUUUUUCUACUGUUGUUGAUCUGAUAUUAAACCUGUAGCUGGUGGAACGGC